UGCGCUUUUCUAGACCGAUAUGGCUAGGAACUAUACUCUCAUUCUGGCGUAAUAUUCAAGGACUUUGCUGCGCAAUGAUAUUACGCAGUGCCCGAAAAUAGUCCCCAGCUAUUGAAACUUAUCGAAGGGACUAUUUUUGGAGGCUUAAAAAUCAUUGCCAUGUUACGGCAGCAAAGUCUUUGAUUAUUGAGUAAAACUCACAAGUUUAACUCUGGGAGCUGAAAAAAAAUGAUGAACAGAUACAGCUACACAAAACUGACAAGAUGAUAUAGAGGAAGGGGAAUAUACAAACAUGAUGACAGGUGGGGGCAAUGACAACUGAACACAGGUAAAAAUGAUAAAACUAUGAUAAAGAACACAAUUAUAACAAUGAACAUGACAAAGACUAAACUGUCACACACACAUUUAUUUCUAAUCCUAUACGUAAUAAAACGCUGACAAUGGCUCGAUUACGGUUUCUUAAAAAAAAACAUUGAGGAACGCUGUUGCGUUGUAAAAUGUUUGCAGCAUCAAAAUACAGUUAGGUGUUUAGACAGAGUCAGUUACGUAAACCUCAUGCUUAAAUAUAUUAACAAAAAUACAUUUAUAGAAAAAUCAAGCUGUCAUUUUACAUGCUCUUGUGUCUGGUGUCCCCUAGCAGGGCUUUAGUUCGCCCGGCUCUAUCAUAGUGCACAUAGUGUCCAAAUCCUUUUGUGGCCUCUGUGGACAGAUUGACACCCUACUGCUGUUGUGUUGCAAAUCUUUCCUGGCUCCUCCUCCUCCAUUCCUCCUCCUCCAUGUUUUGGACCAAAUCAUUUCCUGGCAUGAAUACUGGUCUGUUCAGUUUGAAGACUCACUACAGCUGUGUGUAAAUCUCUUUUACUAUGGUUUUAGUGGAAACACUUCUCCUGAAUGUCUCCAGCACAGGAGCUGUACUCACUGCUCUUCUGCUGCUUUUGGUUAUUUACUUCUGCUUCAGGUCUCCAGAAGAUGACCAAGAACCUCCAGGACCCAAACCACUGCCACUCGUGGGAAACCUGCACCUUCUGGACCUCAAACAACUUCAUGUGAGCCUCUGUAAUUUAUCCAAGAAAUAUGGGUCAGUGUUCAAAGUUCAUCUUGGACCCAAAAAGAUUGUGGUUUUGUCUGGAUUCAAGACGGUUAAACAAGCACUGGUGAACCAGGCUGAAGAAUUUGGGGAACGAGACAUCAUGCCCAUAUUCCAAGACAUCAAUAAAGGACAUGGAAUCCUCUUUGCAAAUGGUGACAAUUGGAAAACCAUGAGAAGAUUUGCUCUCUCAACUCUUCGAGACUUUGGAAUGGGAAAGAAACUGAGCGAAGACAAAAUUAUUCAGGAGACCCGAUAUCUGCGGGAAGUUUUUGAGACUUACCAAGGAAAACCCUUUGAUACAACACAGCCUUUAAAUUAUGCCGUUUCCAACAUCAUCUCAGCUAUUGUUUAUGGAAAUCGGUUUGAAUAUGAUGACCCACAGUUUAAAGAAAUGGUUAACAAGGCAAACCAGAACGUCCUCAGGAUCGGCUCUGCUGUCAUACAGAUCUACAACAUGUUUCCAGUGAUUGGGCCUUGGCUGAAGACCUGGAGACUGUUAAUGGAAAGUGUGGAAAGCAACAUUGCCGAAAUGCAGGUCCUGGUGGAUCGCUUACGGGAGACCUUUAACCCUCUCGACUGCAGAGGAUUAGUUGAUGCCUUCCUCAUUCAAAAACAAAGCUUAGAGGAAUCUGGGGAAAAUGAUUCGCAAUUUAAUGAUCUGAACCUGCUCAUGACUGUGGCCAACCUGUUUGUUGCCGGUACUGACACCACCGGCACAACGCUACGCUGGGGUUUACUGCUCAUGGCCAAAUAUCCUUACAUACAAGAUCGUGUUCAUGAGGAAAUUGACAGGGUGCUUGACGGACAUGAACCGGUUACAGAGGACAGGAAGAAUUUACCUUACACAGACGCUGUGAUCCAUGAAAUCCAGAGACUGGCGAAUAUAGUGCCCUUGGAUCUUCCACAUAAAACCAGCUGUGAUGUCAACUUCAAUGGAUAUCUCAUCAAGAAGGGGACGUGUGUCCUGCCACUGCUGACGUCUGUUUUUCGAGAUGAGAGCGAGUGGGAGACGCCCAACACUUUCAACCCUGAACACUUCCUCAAUGAGAACGGUCAGCUGAUCAAACGUGACGCCUUUAUGCCCUUCUCUGCAGGACGCAGGGCUUGUUUAGGAGAGAGUUUGGCCAGGAUGGAGCUCUUUCUUUUCUUCACUUCUCUUCUUCAGUGUUUUCACUUCACUCCUCCACCUGGAGUCUCUGAAGAUGAAUUGGAUCUCACUGCAGUUGGGGGUAUCAUCUUGAACCCCUCACCACACAAACUGUGUGCAGUCAGUAGGGCAGAAAAACACAACCAUAAUCCAUAAGUCAAAAGUCAUAAUACCCAGCAAGCAACAACCGUCAUUUCAGCUUCUGCAGGUCAGUGGUUCUCAAACUAGGGGGCGUGAGAUGCCAGGCGCCAAAAAUGUAUCAUAAAUUUUGUGUAAUUAAACCUUAAAAAAUAAAGCUACUAACCAACAGCACUACAUUGUGUAAUUUAAAAUGUUUUGUUUAAUUCAAAUUUAAAGAUUGACAUUGUUUUAUGUCAUCAAUUUUCUUUGGAGGGGGGCACGGAUAGAUGCACCCUACCCGGGGAAAGGAGUGGGGGUUGAGGGGCAUGCCGAAAAGUUGGAGAACCACUGGCCUAGCUUAAUUGGGUGAUUCUCAUGAAAUCCAGAAGGUGUCCAGCAUCAGAAUUAUUAAAAAGCCCUUAAAGCCUUUUUUUUUUUGCACAUAUAAGAUUAAGGUCUGUUUAUUAUCAUUACCGCAACAUGAUAUUACUUUAAAUAUAUGCAUUAACAAACUCAUGUUUCGGUAAUGAGAACUAAAAAGUUGUCUAGGUACUAUGACAAACUAAAUUUCAACUUUUAUCUAAAGAAAAAAAUAGGAACUGUUACCUGGUACAUUAACUGUUAACAUUAACGUUAACUAUUACUGUUAUCUUAAGUGAAAUUUUUUUUUUAAAUGUUAGUUCCUUGAGGGCUUAAACAAUGAUUGAAAAUUGUUGCGGAGGAUGAGAAAAUUUUUCUUGGACACAUUUAUAUUCCUUAUUAUUGUCUCUACAUUUACCAAUGAUCACCAAAUACCACAUGUUUCUUUACUGUAAAUGUUUAUAGUAUGACAUGCAUUGAAGCUUUUAAUUUUUUAGAUUUUUUAAUUAUAAAUAUUUCCAUGUCAAAGAACACAAAUCCAGUCAUGGACACGUUGCGGUAAUGAAAAUGUUCCCCUUAAAUGUGGAAAAAACAACAAAAUUGGUUUGUAUGAUGUCAUUUGAAAUCUUGUGCAAAAUAGUACAUGAAGAGAUGUUUGUAACUGUAUGCUUCUUAUUUUGAUACUCUUACUUUGCAUUUACUUUUAUUAUCAAAAUGUUUCAUGACACCUCAUAAGUCUAAUUUUGCGAGAAUCACCCAAUUAUAGACCCAAUAUAGUCUAGCUAUGAGUAACCCACUUUUAACCAAAUUCAAGUUUAUUUUGGCUAGAUGUCGUUUUUGCCAAAAUAGCUUGCAAGAUUAAAUAAACAAGGUGUUUGGUUUCAUUUAUUGAUUUAUUUCAUUUUACUUAUUUUUUGGCUAUGGUUUAUUAAAUUAUCUAUUGUUUAUACAAUUUUAACUGACAGGCCAAAUGUUUCCUUGUUUUAUCUUAGAUGACUGGUCUUUGUUUGAGCAGCUAUUACGACAUCUUUUAAAUGCCGAAUUGCUUGCUGGGUAACUAUUGUAGUUUGUUUAUGGUGCCAGGGUUGCCCCAGUUUAAUGACAUUUUAUAAAAUACAUUAAUUUAUCAUAAAUUCUGUGUAAUUAAACCUCAGAAGAAUGGAGUACUAACCAACAGCACUACAUAGUGUAAUUUAAUUUGUUUUGUUUAAUUCAGAUUUAUAGUUUGAGAUUAUUUUAUGUCAUGAAUUUUGGGGGGUAAAGCGAAAUGUUUGAACCCCUGCUUUAAUAAGAGCCUUCUGCCUCUUGCUGGUUAAGAGCCUGAUGUUAUUUAUUUUAAUCUUUAAAACAAAUGAUCAAUUUAUACUCACUGUUAUGUUCAGUGAUGUAAAGGCUUACAGACUUGAUUCUGAACUCAGGUAUUGAUUUAUGUUAAGUGCAUCACCCAUAUUAAGUUCAAAGUGUAUCCCUGGACCACAAAACCACUCAUAAGGGUCAAAUUGAUAUUAAUAAUAAUAAUAAUAAUAAAAACAAAUAAGCUUUCCAGUUAUGUAUAUGAUUUGUUAGGAUAGGACAAUAUUUGGCCAAGAUGCAACUAUUUGAAAAUCUGAAAUCUAAAGGGUGCAAAAAUGUCAAAAUAUUAAGAAAAUCACAUUAAUAGUUGUCCAAAUGAAGUCUUUAGCAACACAUAAAUAAUGAUAAAUCCAUUUUGCUGUAAAUAUCUUCAUGGAACAUAAUAUUUACUUAAAGGUGCCAAAAGAAUGCCUUGAAAUAUGUUAAAUCGUUCUUUGAUAUCUACAUACAGUUUCACAUGUCCAUUUACAUCCCUAGGAUUUACCUUUAGAAUGAAAUUGGUCUAUUAUUACCCUAUUUAGAAGAGUCUUGAAUAAUAAUGUUGAGCUCUGUUCUGAUUGGCUGUUUCUCAGAGCAGCUCCUUCAGUAGCUCUGUGUGUGUGUAAACAGAUCUUAUGUUUGAGCCUGUAGCAGACGAUAAUACAGAUUCUGAGGAACAAAUAAUUGUUUGAUUGUUAAUGGACGUUUCUGAGUGAUACGUUUUUUUUUCAAUAUGAACCUGCAAAGCGUAACUGUAACGUCAAUAGUAGAACUUUAGCAUAAACGCUAGCAUAUAGCAUUAACUAGCAUAUAGUGCUAACUCUGCAGUCACAACUUUGUUUGUUUUUAGCAUUUUAACAACUUUGUAAUUAAUUUAAUGUGUGAUUUAAUGUUGGGGCGCACAUCUCGACUGUAACGUCACAGUUGGUGUUAUGUUGAGAUUGUUCUGUUUUCCUGUCUUUUGCGUGCACAAGGUUUACACAAAAAUGUGGAAACAAACACGUUUAAGGCUCACAAUAUGUCAUUAUUACCAUGUACAGAGGUCUUAUUAUUCAUCCAUGCCUAGGUAAAUAUAGUUUUAUAUUCUAUGGCACCUUUAAUAUUCUUAAUGUUUUUUGGCAUAAAUGAAAAAUCGAUCAUUUUGACCCAUUAAAUUGUAUUGUAAGCCAUUG